AUGGAGAAUACCCAGCACAUUAACAUCGAUCUAGAUGAGCUGAAGCACGAGGUAUUGAAAGGCACAAAAGAAAUCCCCAGCACACUGAGCUCAACAGAUGAAGUUCUAAAAGCACUCUCUUUCCGCAUAAACAUCGCCCUCAAAAAUAUCCCAGCGGAAAGGCGCGCCGAAGUUGAGGCCCUAGUGCGCACUUUCCUGCAGGAAACUCUAAAACCAGUAUUCAACACAAUAAUUAGUGCACACUGUGUAAUAACACCUGAGAUGCUGGACAUUCUCACGAGAGAAGUUAUGGCAGAAACUUCUUCCGAGUUCUCGCAGGAACUCUCCAUAUUAAACGUAGAAAUAGACACUUUCGUUGUCAACCAUGAAAUUGCAUGCAUAAAAUCCAGCCAGGGAAUCCUCGCUGCAAUAAUAGAAUCCUACACCCGCUUAAAGGAUUUAUAUGAGAUGCUUAUUUCCCACAGCGAAAAGGUGCUUCAGGCCAAAACAAUGGAAAAAUUCAGCAGAUCCGGGCUCGAACUUGCCCUCUUAAGCAACAUGACCAAACUGCAAAACACAUCGAUCGCUUUACAGGGUUAUUCAGAGAAGGAGAAAAAGGCCCAGGCCAUGCUAAGGAAGGCCGAAGAAGAAAAAAAAACAGUGCGUACUGCAAGCAGUGCCUUGAAGCUGGAAAGAUACAGGCUAGAAAGAGCAUUUGCAAAAGUUAAAAGCGUUCUCUCCUGUGAAGAGAACGGUCAUAACGUAUAUUUCUCCCUGAAAAAUCUAAUGGAGGAAAGCAGCGGAGAGUCUAUACCCACGCAGGGAGUGGAGAAUCUGCAAAGUCACACAGUAAACGGCGGAAACAAUUCCUAUGCUCUGGACAUGAAUAAGAAACUGCACACAUGCAGGGAUGCGUGCGAUGUAGCUGCAGAAGCAUUAGAAAGCGAAGCCAGGAAGAUAGUGCAGGAUGUACGCGUGGAGUUUGAAUCUGCUUUUUCCCAGGGUUCGAUUCCUGGGGCUAUGAAGUUAAUUGAGGAAGUUGAAAGGGAGAUGAAAAAUUUGCAGGAACCUGAAAAAACGGAAAUGAAAAAAUUCAGGAACGACCUGAGGGAGUUUACGUCUGAGGCAGAAGCGCAUGUGCAGCCUUCCUUAGUCCGUUUAAGAGAGCUUGACCAAUGCAUAAAUGAGAGUUGUUCCCUGAAGAAGUCAUCUGAUGCCUAUGCAAGCGUAAAAACUCCAUUUUUUAACGUCGGUUUAGUCAGAGUGCAGGGAAAGUUUUUGGACCCAAGAAAAAAGACAGAGUAUGAAAAGGAGUUGCAGAGUCUGUUGGACCUCGCAAACUCAAAAUGCAAAACCAUCAAUGGCAUACGCCAAAACAUGCAUGCAAUGGAUCGCUGUUUUCAGGUUAUGAUAAGACGGAAUGCAGGCGAGACUGAGGAGGACUGGAGAAUUCGGAUUGCAGAGUAUGAAAAAUUUGCAGAAAAAAAUACGCUACCUGAUUUUUCAGGUUCGAUCGAAGAGCUGCUAUCUGACAAUAUGGACUAUGCAAUCACUCUGCGUGAGGUCAAAAUCGUUCUUUUAUCGACGAAUGAAGCCAAGGCCAGGUACAUUAAAGAGCUGGAAGCUACACCCAGCCACACCUUUAUGGAAUUUUGGCUGAAAUCCCGCAUAGCAGAAACCGACGAAAAGAUACAGGGCAUUGAGCAGAAACUGUCUGAAUUACGGGGUUUAAGCGAAGAACAGCAUCGAGAAAACGAGUGUCAUCGCUAUACUUAUCUGUAUAAGCACAUUAGUGCCUGUUUGAAGCACAUGGGCACACUCAAGGAGAAAGUUAGGGCUGAAAUGGCCUCGCUGGCUUUGGGGAUUAUGAAAAGAAUCGAAGAAACCCCGAAUAACCCGGAGCUCAGUGAAAAAGUGAGAAACAUGCUUGAGGAGAUACUUAGAACGGAGCCACAGCGGCUGCUAACUGCUGAUUUUAUCGUCCAAAACGAGCAUUUUUUGAAGGAGAUGCCAAAAGUAGCAGAGCAGCUCGAUAGGGAGAUAGUCGAGGCAUUGAAGAAAAGCCCGGGUGAAGGCGAUCAGGCUGCGCUUCUUCGAAACUCGAUGUUUGUGAGUACACUUGCCAUUAUUCUUAUGUCCGGUUAUUAUGCCCACGGGGGGAAUGCUCAAUGCUAG